AUGCGUAUCCGACCUGCAUAUUUCAUUUAUUCGUUUACAGAACACGUCGACAUGACUGUGUGUUCAAUUUGUUUGCAGUGUAAGCAACCGAAUGAGAUGCAAAAGCUACCUUGUUCACAUAUGUUCUGCAGAGGCUGCAUAUCGAAAUGUUCAGCGUCACAGCUUUGUCCCCUUCCUUGCUGCACUUACAUACGUCAUGUGAACGUCAUCAUCGAUGAAGCGGAUGAGGGUGAUGAGGAGAUACAAAAGAUAUCAUUUGGGCAAAAAUUACCAUCGAUGCUACAGCUCGAAGAGCGACAACGGUGUGAUGGCAGAAAAGGUGCAUUUGCAUGCGCGAAUUCGGCACGCAUGACGUUGAUGGAUUGUCGUCACCGUCUCUGCUUCGAUUGUCUAACAUCGCGCAUUAAUGUCGCCGUUGCAGCUCUUGCAGAAGAGCUACCAUGCUGUCCGAUAUCUCGAUGUGCCAAUCGACUCACUAAAAACGAAAUUGCAAAAAUAUCUGAGCGCGCGCCACAUAUGCGUCAAGUUUGUGCCAGGCUGAUUGAAGCAAGUCCUGAUGACUCUCCUGAGGAACCACCCGGCAAAGAUGAAUGUGUGUUUUUCUGCUCCGUCUAUCAGUCGGAAAAUAGUACAAAGCCGAUAAUAUUUCCUUUGGCAUGUACAGUUUUCGAUAUGGUCAGUGCCAUGGUACAGGUGCAAAGAUUGACAAAAAAUCGUAGUGCGAAUAACAUUGGUGUUUACAUUCGAACGAUAGUUGCAGGUAAACCAAAGUACGAUCCAGUAGAUGUAAAAGCAAUGACGAAGAAGAAAAUCGGUGAAACGGAUUUUCACGACCGCACGCAUUUUGUGCUGGAUGUUGAUAAUGAGCUCAAAAUAAUGAAUAUUUCAAAUAAUAAUUGA